AUGUAUACUUGUUGCGUGGAAAUCACGAAACGCAAAGUAUACGGAUUUUAUGAUGAAUGCACGUUACGCUACAAUAUCAAAGUAUGGCGCAUAUUUCAAACAGUCUUCGACUGUUUACCCAUCUGUGCCCGUAUAAGUGAUCGAAUAUUUUGUAUGCAUGGUGGAAUAUCCCCCGAAAUUAAACGAUGGGAAACGAUGAAGAAAUUAAGGCGUCCAAUGGAAAUACCGGAUUUUGGAGUGCUUUGCGAUUUGGUCUGGGCUGAUCCCAGCAGUCAGGUAAUAUAAAG